CAACGUAAGCCUAAAGCCUUUGCUCCUAUUGAAAUUACAAAAAUACCCUUGACAUCCAAUCCCCGCUCUCUUGCAGCGACUCUCCCCUCCGUUCACUCCCUUGUCUUUUUUUCUCAAAUUCCUAUGUUUUUUCAUUCUUUCACAUUCACUUGCAUGAGACGCCAUUUCUUUUUUCCAAAACGAAAAACAAGGGAUACUCGUUUCUCUCUCAUUUUCCCGGAAAAUUAAACAUACUUUUAAUCCGACGGAAAACUUGGAGGACUUCCGCCCUAACCCAAUGGUUUCUGACGAAGAACUCGUGAUCCGGCUCCGUGAGAUUCUAUGCGUUUCGGACCUUGAUACCACCACGCCCAGCAGUGUCCGCCGCCAGCUCGAGGCCGAUUUUGGGCUCGCUUUAUCAGACCGAAAAGCCUUUAUCCGCGAACAAAUCGACAUUUACCUGCAAUCCAACCUGACCAAACCUCAAGACCAGGAAGAGGAAGUUAAAGAAGGGGAUAAAGGAGCAGAGGUCGCUGAAGUAGAACAAGAGGAAGAAGGCGAAGCCGAAACGGAAGAGGGAGAAGACGAGGAUGAUAGUCAGGGCAAAGAUAGCAGAAAAGGAGGGUCGACCAAGGAGGAGAAAGUUAAAAAAAGAGGCGGCUUUAAUAAAUUAUGUAGCCUUUCUCCACAGUUGCAAGAAGUUGUUGGAGAGCCAGAAUUGUCCAGGCCAGAGGUUGUGAAGAAAGUAUGGUGCCACAUCCGGGAAAAUAAUCUGCAGGAUCCCAAUAAUAAGAGAAAUAUUAUUUGUGAUGAACCAAUGCGUGCCAUUUUCCGUGUUAAAACAAUUAAUAUGUUUCAAAUGAAUAAAGUUCUGUCGAAGCAUAUCUGGCCAUUAAGCACAGAAGAUGGGAUUGUGAAACAAAAGCAAAGAGCUGAUGCAAUUGACGAUUGUCAGUCUGAAGUAGAAUCCAGUAAGACUGUAGAAGAAGUGGAAGAGGAAGAGGAAGAGGAAGUAAAAGUAAAAGUAAAAGAUAGUAAGCCACAAAAAAGGAAACGAGGUAAGUCUGCUGAAGUGGAUAAAGGUGUUAAAAAGAAAGCAGGUGGUUUUACUAAAGUGUGUAGCCUUUCUCCACAACUUCAAUUGUUCAUUGGAGAGUCCAAAUUGGCAAGGACAGAGGUUGUCAGGAGACUUUGGCGCUAUAUUAAGGAGAACAAUCUACAAGAUCCAAAGAACAAGCAAAACAUAAUAUGUGACAAGUCAUUGCAUACCCUUUUUCAAGUUGAUAUCAUCAACAUGUUUCAAAUGAAUAAAGCCCUAGCAGCGCACAUAUGGCCAUUGAAGAUGGAAGAUGAAGCUCCAGCGGACUCUUCACAAAGGGAUGAUAAGGCUAGACAGGAUCAAGAAGAAGCAUCUCCAGCAGACUCUUCACAAAGGGAGAAGCAAUCUGACGAAGAGCAAGAAGAGGGAUCUGUCUGAAACGAGAAGAAUUUCAUGCGAUGAUAAAUUAAAAGAUUUCCUUGAUGUUGGCACGCUCAAUGGCUUCUCAGUCUUAAAGCUUCUAACUGCUCAUUUUGUCAAGGCAGAGUAGAGUGUUCACUUGUACAUAUUGUGAGUCUGCGACGUGGUCCAUUUUUGCUCAAGCUGAUCUCCCUUUGUAACUUGAUAGUACUAAUUACUGUUCCAACAUCUCCCAGAAAAAAAGGGAGAAAAAAAGGCAUCCCAAGAUAUUUUUUUUUUCUUUCAUACCCUUUUCACCUUUCAGUUAAGUGUUCCAUUGGAAAAUAUUGUCUCUUAACA